UUAAAGUAACGCCUGGCAGAUUUUGUAGUUUCGCAUUCGCAGCACGAGUAAAAUUAAAGACGACAAUGAGCGGGCAUGGCAAACGACUCAUCUAUUUUUGUGGCAGUAUUCGUGGAGGGAGAGACGAUGCGGCUCUAUAUAGGCGUAUCAUAGAUCAACUGAAACAAUACGGGGAUGUUUUGACAGAACAUAUCGCAGAUCCUAACGUGCUAGACAACGAGCAAGGUAGUGACAAGUUUAUUCAUGACCGUGAUAUGGCCUGGCUGGAAAAGUCUGAUGCAAUAGUUGCAGAAGUCACUCAGCCUUCCUUGGGAGUUGGAUAUGAAAUAGGGAGGGCAUUUGAGAAGAAAAAGAAGAUUCUCUGUCUGUUUAGACCUGACAGUGGAAAACAUCUUUCUGCUAUGAUUGGGGGAGCAACUGGAGAAAACGUACAUGUGAAGAAUUAUAAAGAGGAAGAUGUUCCUGAAAUCCUUAAAGAGUUUUUUGCUUCUAUUUGAUUUUCAACUCCGAUAUGCAAGCCAAGACAAUGGAGUUUUAUUUCGUUUUUAUUUUCUCUCCUUUUUUUUUUUCGGCAAAUUCACUAAACAUGAAAACUGUGUGAAUUUUGUGGGUUGUUCGUGCUCUUGAAAUAUAAUACCUAGAAAACACAUCUGAAACAAAAAGGUCGUAAAAUUAACGAAA